UUGAUGAUGCGGACGGAGCGGAUGCUGAGGAUGAGGAUGAAGAUCUCGCGCAAGGAUAAAGCCUCUUCCGCACCAUGAUCAGAUGGAAACACUCGGCUGCUUUAUGUGACAGAAGUCAGGGCUCGCAAAGGUGGACACUGGCCUCCACAUGUGUGUGAACGCAAGAGAGACCAGAGGCCUUCUGGAGGGUUAUUAAUCACCGGAAAUGUGCCACUUUAGAAGUGUUUUCACAACAACAGAUCCAUCGGCUGGUUCUGGUUCCUGUGGACAUUUGCCCUUUCUAACCGAUAGACAAACAUGGCAAAGAAAGACUACCUGCUCGAUGCAGCCCAGCAGAUUCGAAUGGCGCUGGACAGAGAAGUCAAUGAAGAUUAUGAGGCGGCGUUCAGCUACUAUAAGAAUGGAGUCGAUCUGCUGCUCAAUGGAGUUCAAGUGGAUCCGAAUAAAGAGAGACGAGAAGCCGUAAAGCGGAAGACCACUCAAUAUCUGAAGCGAGCCGAGGAGAUCUUCAUCUCUUACUUACAGGACAACAUCUCUAAAGGAUCCACACAUUUAGGAGGUUAUAGUAGCUUACGGUUUCGGUCGAUCAGACAUCUAAGUUCGCCGGUGGAGAAUCUGGCGAUGUGUAAAGUGGUUGGCAUCAUUGAUAAGGUGCUGACGGUUGAAAGUCUGAUAAGCAAGGAGACAUUUGUUGUAAAGAGUUUACCGAAGUCGAGCUGGGAGAGCCGUGAGAGGUCCACCAUCAUUCCUCAGGGAGUGCCCUUCAUGGUGAAGCUGCUAAAAUACUAUGUCAGUGAAGACACUGUGUUCCUCCAUCUAGAACGUGUUCAAGGUGGAAGACUCUUUUCCAGACUUCACAGGGUCAGAAGUGAAGCAGUCAGGGAGUAUCCAGAAUGCCUCAGCCCCAACCAGCACAAGAUCUACCUGAAGAACAGCUACACCCUCCCUGCUAUCCACCAAGAUAUUUACCUCAAUGAGAAUUGUGAGAGAACUAAACGUCUUGAGAGGCCAGGAAGCCCAGCUGGUCUUUGUCUUGAGAACUGUAGAACCCGUUCCUACUGUGAAGAUACGGGGCGCCAACAGGGGGGUUCUCCAGGUUUGUAUGCAAUGAGGACAGAUAAUGCGCUUCCUUCUGUCUGUCCACACAAUGUUAAUUCUUUACCUCAGGAUAAUGUUCCUCUUCCCGUUCAUCCCUGUGUGAUUGUGGACACUCGGGAUCCUCUUGAUGUCACCUCCGACCUUCUUGGAAAUGAUGUCCGCAUUGAGCGGAUUGACUCUUGCAUGGAUCUGAACAAAGCUUGGAUUGCUUCAGAACCUGCUCAGGGUUGUAAAAGUUUCACUGUUCCAGGAUCAAACUCGGAUAUACUAGGAUUCAGCUGUGCAGCUCAGAUCACUCCAGCCUCUUUAUUUGGCGAAAACGCACAACCAACCCUUUGCAACACAGUUGACGUACUUCCACAGAGAGUUCGGAUAGUUUCCAACUCAGCGCAUGUACCUCCACGAAACCAAGCGCAUGAUGGAUUUUCUCUUGAACAGAGUCUUACUAACUGCAAAGCCUGUGGAAAUGGACAGCGUGGACAGUUUGUGGCUGAGUUGAGCAAAGUCAGUUCUCAUCGAUAUCCAUAUGAAUGUGCAACUCAAAAGCAAGAAGGUAUCUCUUUAGACUUCACAAAGAUGACUUCCCGGGUGAACUCUGUUGAUAUGGUGAGGGAGGUUGGGACUGAGGACAUGGAGACCUGUCAUUUUUUCAGCCCUUCAUAUAAACAACCUCAAGUUGGCAUGAUCCCAUCAGCGUCUACCACAAACAGCUCCUGUUGGAGUGAGACUAAACUAGAAUACCCUUAUAUGGAACAGCUGAUGAAGGUAAACGGCUUGGGCCAUCACGCCCAAAUUAAGGCCAAGAACUUCAGUGCCAAAUGGAAGGGGGGUAGACAGGGACUCCCCGAGGACGAGGUGCGACUGUGGGGAGCUCAGAUUCUGUUGGCAUUGGAAAGUCUUCAUGAGCAGGGCAUCAUGUGCCAGGACCUAAACCCAAGAAAUGUUCUUCUUCGCAGCAGUGGUGAGGCGUGUCUUACAUACUUUGGACUAUGGACGGAAGUUCAGCCUGAAAUUAACCCAAAAGCAAUGGAAGAGAUGUACUGUGCACCAGAAAUUGGAGGUGUAUCGAAAAUCACUGAGGCAUGUGAUUGGUGGAGUCUUGGAGCUUUAUUAUAUGAGCUUCUUACUGGCAUGCCACUGUGGCAGUGCCACCCUUCAGGCAUUCACCCUCACACUCCUCUCCACAUCCCAGAGUUCCUCAGUUCUGCAGCCGCCUCGCUUCUCACUGAGUUGCUCCAGUGUGACGCGUGUUAUCGUCUGGGAUCAGGAGGCGGUGGCGUGAGCGACAUCAAGUGCCAUCCGUUCUUCACCUCCGUCCCGUGGCUCACACUCACGCCGUAGUGCCGUGUGAAAGUAUUCACCCCCUACAUCUGUUUCUGCUGACAUUAAAGAUGCGUGUUGAGUACAGUAUUCAGCACACUGAGGCUGAGUUUCUUCUCUAUAUACAGUCUAACCAAAAAUUAUUCAGACUCCAGAUAUCAUUUAUUUAUAUUUUUUUUACUAGUGUGUGCAGGACACUAUAGUUCAUUUAUGUAAGUGAGGAGAGCAAAAUAAAGUAAACUGUGACAUAUUACACCCAAUAAUUCUUCAUACAUCACACACAGGGAAGCCCUUCUCUGCCAUAUAAGAGAAAAAAAAAUAUUAUUUUGUAAAUUAAAAUAAAAUAAAAAAUAAAAAUUGACACUAUGACUUAAAAGUAGAAAAUCUGACAAAAAACAUAACAAAAUGAUGACAUAUUUAAUACAUGAAAAGUCGAAAUUAUGACGAAAAAAAAGUAGAUAAUUUAAAAAGUUAUAAUUAUGACGAAAGUUUUUAACAACAACUACACAAUGUUACCAAGCUAACAAAAAUACAUUGUAAGAAUGUUUUAUUCAUGUUCCCAUUAAGUAAUGAAAAUGUUAUUUAUGAAUGUUCUAAGAACUUUUUUUUUUUAUGUGAUCGUUAAGGAAACAUUCCAUUUCAUCAUCCUUCAAACGUAAGAACGUUACUUUUAAAUGUUCUGAACGUUCUGAAACUUCUUUUUAUUUUUAUUAGUAAAAUUAUUUCACUUUUGGCAGGUCAAGAAAAUAGCGCAUCUAAAUGAGAAAUGAUAAAAGCUGACAUGUGUUAGUGCUAUACUGCACUUUUUCACAGAUAGACAGUCUGUAUUUUUAAUAAAUUACCAUACUUUAUGGACAUUAUAUAAAACUACACACUAAUGAAAUGGCAAGGGUAGUGAGCUAGUAUGCUAUUCCAAACAUGAGCUAAACGUGUCAGGUUAUCAAUACGUCAGUUUCCCUGGUAUUUGUGAGAGUGGAAAUACCUCGGCAAGCUUUUAUUAGACCAGACGGCAGAAACAAUGAAUGUGGGUGAAUCUUUCCUGAAGCCCUGAAGUGGAUCACAGCCUUUAUUCCUGGAGGAUUUAUGGAUUUAUCGUGUACUUUUACCACCAUCUGGUGGAGCCAGGAGAUAUUUCUCCACAUCAGCAGUUUUCUACAUCACACACACACCUGCAGCGAACAGCUGGAUCGGAAGAUGGAAGAACAGAAGAAAAAAAUCAUGCUUUUGUAAAUCAUAAUUAAAAAAAAGUUGAAAAUCUGACAUAAAAAGACAAAAUU